AAUGUCUAAUAGGAAUGCUCUAAUGAUUUAGAGAGCUUGAGAAAUUACAAUCUAUUAAAAAAUGUUGACUUUCUCUGUAACAAUGAGAAUGUUAUACCCACCCAACCUUUGAAAUAUUUCUCUCUCUCUCUAUCUUGGCUAAACCCUUUCACAUUUCUCUCUCUAGAAUUGUAGAAUAAAAUAGUCCCCUGCCUUCAACAUAUAACAGUACUAUAUCUAUAUACUAUAUAUAUAUAUACCUUUUCUUUCAUUUUCAUGUAUAUAUGUACAGUAUUUAUAUGUAUAUAGAUGUGUAAUUGCAGAGUUCCAAAAUGACCAUGGAUCGAUCGCAGACCAACUCAUCAUCAUCAGACUCACCAAACAGAGACUCAAAAUCACCGACGGUGUUAUCGAUCGAGUGCCUCAAAGGGACCUCCAAGGCCGAUGAAUGGACCGAUGAUAUGCUCCAGACCGGCGACAUAGUUGAGGAGCUUCGAAUCGGAACCUCAAUCACCGUAAAAGCCCCCUUCAAGAAUGGUCGGAGUGGAGUCCAGAAGAUUCUCCACAACUCUUUUAGGGCGAAAGAUACUUCAAUUCAUGUACGAGUUCGCCGUGGCCGGGAUGAGUUCACUGAGCUACAAGCUUGUAUCGUUCCCAACGAAUCGGCCGGCAAGAAGCAGUACAUGCUUAGGUCCAUCGAUGAUCCGAAUUACACAGUCGGGUUCUCGGAUCGGACCGAGUCCGAAUGCUUCGAAAUUCAGGCUUCAAGGAGUGCUAGGAUGGUUAGUGCUUUAUCUAGAACUCGACUACAAGAUGGUUAUGUUUCCUAUCCAUGGGAGAGAAGGAUGCAGGAGUUACUAUCGGUUCCCAACUCUAGCUCCUUCUUUUCUCUUCUUCUUCUUCCCAAAGCUUCUGAUCGAGUUGCUUCUCGCUACAAUGACCUUGAGGACACUCUUGCCAGGGCAAAUGCUUGGCUUAAUGCUUCUCAGGCCUCUGGAGUCCCUGUUGUCUUCAUGAACAUACAGACCGAAUCCCUCCUCACUAAGAUAUCAGGAGAGACGGCUUCUUCCACUGUGAAUGCAGGGUCAUUAUCCGAUCUGGCGACCCUUGCUAAUGCAAGUUUAUACGGUUUUGAGGAUUACCAUGGGGUUGACAUAGGUGUUGUUCGAGCUGUUCGUCUAUGGUAUGCCCCCUUAGGAGGAGAAAUCGCCAUUGAAAUAAAGAUACAAGAAGACGAUACCAAACUUGGAUUUGCAAUCAGCCGCACUGAAGAGGGAUUUAUUUACGUGUCAUCAGUCAUGGAAGGCAAUGAGAACGUACCCUCAAGCCGAUCAGGGCUGAGAGAUUUAUACAGAGAAGGAGUGGAGACAUCUAGGCUGCUGGUCGUGUCAAGAGUAUCCAACCAAAAGGUCCUUCCUUGGAUGGUUUCGUCAACAGGAGCAAUGCGAUGCUUUGAUACGGUCUCACUCAGCCAAAAGCUGUCAUUACAUCGACACGCCAAGGUUCCUAUCUUCAUACAUGUCUUCUUAUGGGACAGGGCAUUAGUAUCAGCUGCAGCUGCAGCUGCAAGCAUAAACCAGACCCGGCUAAGAGCUCCAUCUUCACCACCACCCGCCAUGCCAUUACCCCCUGAGGUUCAACUAGUGCGCCAGCCAAGCGACAGGCAAGUACUACCUUUGCCUUCUGAUACUCAAGAUGGUGGUGGAGCCAGUAGUAAUAGGACUACUGAGCAAAGACUCAUUCGUGACACAGCCGGGGAGCUCUCGUUUAGGUUCCAUGAUUUUGCUCUCUCUAGCAACUGGGUUUGAUAUUAAUUAUUAAGUACUGUCUUCUCUAUUUUAUUAUUUUUGAUUGUUUUGGAUGGAGGGAAUUUUUAUUAGUGAAGAUUGUUCAUGUGUUAUAGAGAGUUUAGAAAUAAAAGGUUAGCAAUGAAAAGUAGAUGUUAAGUCAAUGCCUGGUCCUAUUUUCAUGUGGUUUGUAUAUUUAAGAAACAUGUAAAAGAAUAUUUUGCCUCACAAAAUAUGAAAAAUACAUAUUACUUUUAA